AUGGCAGCUUCUCAGAGGCUGCUGACAUUCCAGGAUGUGACCGUAGAUUUCACUCAAGAGGAGUGGGAAUGCCUGGACCUCGGUCAGCAGGAAUUGUACAGGGGCGUGAUGUUAGAGAACUAUGGGAAUCUGGCCUGCUUGGGUCUUGUGGCCUCUAAGCCGGACCUGGUCACGUUUCUGGAGCAAAUGAAGGAUCCCUGGGAUGUAAGGAGAAGGGAGACAGCCAUAUACCCAGCUGUGUCUUCUCUCGACACCCAGGGUUUGCGGACCCAACAGCCAGGCUUAGAAGAUUUACUCCCAACAGCAAAGCUAGGAAUAUAUGAAAGAUUUCACCUUGCACAUUUACAUUUAACCAAAGCCUGGGAAUCUAUGACGGCAUAUAAAGAGCGGAGAGUAUGUUGUGAUGGAUAUAACCAAGUUGAUACAGUUUCGCAUAAAGUAAACAUUACUGCCAAAAGAAAUCAAGGAUGUGAAUCAAAUAAGGAAAACCCAAUUUCAGAUGACCAAUUUCAGUCAUCAACAUCUGAAGUUAAGUGUAUAUUUUUCAGCAAAGAUCCACAUCAUCUCUUGAAACAUACAUGUUCUGUAAAGGGAAAUGUGGAAAAUCUGGAAAGUCAUCUAGUCUCUACUGCAAAUACUCAUUUAAACCUACACUCUGAGCUUAGCUGUCUAUUAAAUAUACAUUCAAACAUGUCUGGAAACCAGAAGCCUAAACAUCAUGCAGAGCAACUUUACAAGUGUAAUAAAGUGAGAAAUGCCUUAAGCAGGAGCUCUACCCCCAAUAAUUACAAGAGUAUACAUGAUGGAAUGAGAAGCUCUUCAUGCAAUGAAACUGGGCACAAUGUUGACCAAGACUCAUAUCUCAUGAAACAACAGGGACAUCAAUAUUCAGACAGCAAUUCUAAACAUCAUAAGUGUAGGUAUAUAUUUUAUCAAAGCUCAAAUCUUACUAUUAAUACUUAUAAGAGUAUGGAUAUUGGAGAGAAGACUUAUAAUUGUUAUCAUUAUGGUAAAGUUGUUAACCAGUCUUCAAAACUUAUUCAACAGCAGAAUAUUCAGACUAAGCAGAAACAUUGCAAGUGUAAUACAUGCGGAAAAGUCUUCAGUAACUCACCAAAUCAAAGUAGACAUAGGAAAAUUCAUACAGGAAGGAAACAUUUCAAAUGUACAGCAUGUGGCCAAACUUUUGAUCAGAGUUCAUAUUUAACUGAACAUCCGCGAAUCCAUGCUCCAGAGAAACCAUACAAAUGUAGAGAAUGUGGCAAAGUCUUUAUCUGCUGUUCAUGUGUUACUCAACAUCAGCAAAUUCAUACUAGGGAGAGACCUUAUAAAUGUACAGACUGUGGCAAGACUUUUAAGCAGUGUUCAGGAUUAACUAAACAUCAGCGAAUCCAUACUGGGGAGAGACCUUACAAAUGUAAAGCAUGUGGCAAGGCUUUUAAGCAGCGUUCAGGAUUAACUAAACAUCACCGAAUCCAUACUGGGGAGAGAACUUAUAAAUGUACAGAAUGUGUCAAAGCCUUUAUCCAUUAUCCACUUCUUACUCGACAUCAACGAAUCCAUACUGGGGAGAGACCUUACAAAUGUACAGCAUGUUGCAAGGCUUUUAAGCAGAGUUCAACUUUAACACAACAUCAUCGAAUCCAUACUGGGGAGAGACCUUAUAAAUGUGCAGCUUGUGGCAAGGCUUUUAAGCAGAGUUCAACUUUAACACAACAUCAUCGAAUCCAUACUGGGGAGAGACCUUAUAAAUGUGCAGCAUGUGGCAAGGCUUUUAAGCAACGUUCAGCUUUAACUGAACAUGAGCAAAUCCAUACUGGGGAGCGACCUUGUAAAUGUACAGAAUGUGGCAAAGCCUUUAUCAAUUAUUCACUUCUUACUCUACAUCAACGUAUCCAUACUGGGGAGAGAACUUAUAAAUGUCCAUCAUGUGGCAAAACCUUUAUCCGUUAUUCUUUUCUUACUCGACAUCAGCGAAUCCAUACUGGGGAGAGAUCUUAUAAAUGUACAGCAUGUGGCAAGGCUUUUAAGCAGAGUUCACAUUUAACUCAACAUCAGCGAAUCCAUACCGGGGAAAGACCUUAUCAUGUCCAGACUCUGACAAAGCCUGUUCCCAGAGUUCAGGUCUUUCUCGACAUCAGAGAGUUCAUGGUGCAGAGAAAUGUUAGAAAUGUAAGGAAUGUGGCCAAGGAUUUCCUCACAGCCAUCACCUCACUCACAAUCGGAGAAUUCAUACUGCAGAGAAAGCCUAG